AUGGUAGUUGGGUGGAUACUGAGAGAUAUAAUAUACGUCUCAUUACUUGGCUUGGAGUUCGAACGUUUUUACAUGGCUGUGAAUGAAGCGGUGACCAACAGCUUAUUAGAAAUGACCGAUGAUCGGUGUUCAGCGUUGAGAAAAUGGAUUUCAAAUCUUGAGCAUCAUUCGGCGGUGAAGACCUUCACGGGACCGUUUACAGAAGAGUCCUGUGAUUUGGAGAAUAUUUUAAAGGUUUACGCCAACAUUUUGGAAGCUUCAGAAACUGCAAAGGGUGCUUUUCAAAUAUUGAUUAUGUACCACUGCAUGGAAACAUUCGUGCAUACUAUAAUAACAGUUUAUACCCUGGUUCAGUUAGCUAGCAUUGAGGUUCGUAACAUGUAUGCUGCGAGCACGCUCUUUGUGUGGAUUCUGAAGAACUUCAUGUACGAGACGGUGCUAAGCGUGGAGUCCGAGAGAUUCUACAUGGCUGUCAAUGAUGCGGUGGUCAACAGCUUAGCGCAAAUCACCAAUGACAAGUGCUCUGAGCAAGAAAGGCGAAUGUACAAGAAUAUCUGCCGAAUGUCUCGUGUGUCCAACAAGUUCGAGGUGUGCAACUUGUUCGGACUCGAUGCGACGAUGCCGCGCAAACUUCUGUCGCUUAUCGCUACGUACACUAUCGUUUUGUUGCAGUUUAUCUUUUUGUAACACAGAUUUUACUAGACAGUAAUUUAUAUUGCACAAUUUGAUACAACCGUUAAUUGAGAAAGAUUAGUAAUUGAUAUUUUGGAAGGAUGAAAACACACAAGAAGUGAUUGAUUUUUACAACUCAAUAUC